GGAUUUGUUUGGAUUCUGUGAUAAACACUCGCUCCUCUUUCUCUCUCGUUUCUUCUUCCUCUUUCUUCAGCUGUGACUGAAACCCUUCGAUUUGGGGGAGAAUCAAACACCAGGUUCCAAUUGCUCAAACCCUAGAAUUCCAAUUCAUCGAGCAUGGCGCAUAGGUUGCUCAGGGACCAUGAAGCCGACGGUUGGGAACGCUCCGACUUCCCUAUCAUCUGUGAAUCAUGCCUCGGCGAUAGCCCUUAUGUUCGAAUGACAAAAGCCGAGUAUGACAAGGAGUGCAAGAUUUGUACACGGCCAUUUACUGUUUUUAGAUGGAGACCUGGUCGGGAUGCAAGAUAUAAGAAAACUGAGAUCUGCCAGACAUGUAGUAAAUUGAAAAAUGUUUGUCAAGUGUGCCUUCUGGAUCUUGAAUAUGGACUUCCAGUUCAAGUCCGGGACACAGCUCUCAGUAUCGAUUCCAAUGAUGCAAUUCCAAAGAGUGAUGUUAAUAGGGAGUUUUUUGCUGAAGAGCAUGACCGCCGGGCUAGAGCUGGUCUAGAUUAUGAAUCCUCUUAUGGUAAAGUACGUCCUAAUGAUACUAUACUGAAGCUUCAAAGGACAACACCAUAUUACAAAAGAAACCGAGCGCACAUUUGCAGUUUCUACAUAAGGGGUGAGUGUACUAGGGGAGCUGAGUGUCCUUAUAGACAUGAGAUGCCGGUGACUGGGGAGCUGUCUCAACAAAAUAUCAAAGAUCGUUACUAUGGGGUGAAUGAUCCAGUGGCUAUGAAGCUACUUGGCAAGGCAGGAGAGAUGGCAACUCUGGAUGCUCCCGAGGAUGAGAGCAUCAAAACUCUUUAUGUUGGAGGACUUGAUGCUAGGGUCACUGAGCAGGAUUUGCGGGAUAACUUCUAUGCCCAUGGAGAAAUUGAAUCCAUCAAAAUGGUUCUCCAACGGGCUUGUGCUUUUGUAACCUACACAACCCGAGAAGGUGCAGAAAAGGCAGCAGAAGAACUCGCCAACAAACUGGUUAUCAAGGGCCUGAGGCUAAAGCUUAUGUGGGGCAGGCCUCAGUCAGCAAAACCCGAGUCCGAUGGCUCGGAUCAAGCAAGGCAGCAGGCAUCUGUGGCUCAUAGUGGAUUGUUGCCUCGAGCUGUGAUAUCACAGCAGCAGAACCAGGACCAAACCCAAGGAAUGGUUUACUAUAACAAUCCACCUCCGCAGGGAAGAAGCUACUACCCUUCAAUGGAUCCUCAGAGAAUGGGUGCGGUUACUGCAAACCAAGACAGUCCUCCUGGCGGACCUUCUGGGUCAGGGGAGAACAAACCCGGGCCAGAGAAGCAGCCAAUGCAACAUUAUCCCCGUCCAAUGAUGCCGCCUCCACCUGGCCAAUAUCAUCAUCAUCAGUAUUAUCCUCCAUAUGGUGGUUAUAUGCAACAACCAGUUCCCCCUUAUCAACAGUAUCCACCACAAUACAAUGCUGUCGUGGCUCCAUCCCAGCCUCCAGCUGCAAAUCAUCCCUAUCAGCAUUCUAUGCAACCAGGGUCUUCACAGACGGGGUCUGCACCUGCUGGGCCUGCACCAGCCGAAACUGGAACAUCAGCGUCAGGGUCUCAGCAGCAAUGAAAUCGCCCAUAUAAUAAUGUCUCUAGUUAUGUUUAAUCAGUCAGCAAGGUUUUUCCUUGAAUUGACCCCAUGCUGUUUUGGUUCAAGCAGUUAAUUUACUCUCAACUAGCUGGAUAUUAUUGAUUGCUGCUUUGUGGCUUGAACCAGUUAUUUUAUGAUUGAUUUUGUGCUUUUGUAACUCUUAGCUUCUUGGUUAGAUCAUAUUCAGGCUCAGCUUCAGCUUUAGUAACCUUUCACUUAAUUAUAAUGCUACAGCUUAAUGUUUUGGUAA